AACUAUAUUCCAAUACUUAACUUUGAAACUCUUUUUCAUCUUUCAUUUUCUGUUUCAUUGAAUCCCAAGAAGAAGAAGAGCAAAAAAAUGUUGACACUAAGCAUUCUUUUCUUAGCACUUCUCUUCAUUCUUGGUUUAAUUACCACCCUUUUCAAUUUCCCUACAAAAAAAUUCCAAUCUUGGAUCUAUUCUCUUUCAAUUAAAGCUCAAACUCCAACUCCAUCUCCUCUUGUCAAGAACUCAACUUUAAGUUCACCACCUAUGGCUGAACAAAAAAUCAUGAGAAGGAGUACUUCAAACAGCCAUAACAAGGUUGAGUUAAGGAGUAUAUUUGCAACUUUUGACAAGAACAAUGAUGGCUAUAUAACAAAGCAAGAGCUAAAGCAAUCACUCAAGAAUAUUGGUAUUUAUAUGGAGGAUAUAGAUAUAGUUGAAAUGGUUGAAAAAGUUGAUUCAAAUAAAGAUGGUUUAAUUGAUCUUGAUGAGUUUUAUGAGCUUUGUCAUUCAUUCUUGGGAAUAGAAGGAAUAAUUGGGAGUCAAGAAAAUAGUGGAGAAAUGAAUCAAGAAGAGGAGGCAAAUAGAGAGAGGGAUCUUAAAGAUGCAUUUGAUGUAUUUGAUUAUGAUAAAGAUGGAUUAAUAUCAGAGGAAGAGUUGAGUAAAGUACUUUCAUCUUUGGGAUUGAAUCAAGGGAAGAAAUUGGAAGAUUGUAAGGAAAUGAUAAGGAAAAUUGAUGUAGAUGGUGAUGGUAUGGUAAAUUUUGAUGAAUUCAAGAAGAUGAUGAAAGUUGGUGGAAGGCUUAUUCCAAUUUCUUGAAAAGCCAUGCAAAUUACUACAAAUCUUUAUUGUUCCAUUUUUAUUAGCAUACUAUUACAGUCACGAGCAGAAUCUUAGCUUGAGCCUGUUUCAAGAAAACCAAUUGAAAGAAAGCCUUAUGUUACAAGAUGAAUCUUUACUAGUACUAGUUUUUAUGAUUUAGAUUUGUACAGAUAGGAACAAGAAUUUGCAUGAAUGAUUGUAUAGUUUAGUUUAGUUUACUUUCUUAGUUUCUAUGAGAAAUUGGAUCUGAGGUCUAGUUAAGUCAACUAAGAUUUUUUUUUUUUUUUCUCUUUUUAAUUAGUUGGAUUAGAGAAAAUUAAAGCACAUGAAGAGGUAGGGGAAGGAGCAAGAAUGACAACCUUUGGCUCUGUAUUCAAAGUAUUUGAUCUUAAUUUGUUGUUUCAGAGCAGACAAGCUCUUGGUUGUACUGACACUAUAUGUUUGUUUAUUACAUUGACUUGUUUUCUUA